AAUGUGUUUCAGUGGCUGUGUGAUUGUGUAUGUUUUUAAUGUGUUUCAGUGGCUGUGUGAUUGUGUAUGUUUUCAAUGUGUUUCAGUGGCUGUGUGAUUGUGUAUAUUUUCUGUAUGUGACUUUUUACGAUAAUUUAUGUCUCUCUGUUUUCACAUAAUUUCUCUACUGUCUCUGUUCUCACCUGCCUCUGCUGUCCCUCCCCGUCUCUCUCUCCCUCUCUCUCUCGGUUAUGACUUAAUUCCACAGGAGAUAUGGAUGGCCAAUGGUGGGACCAUGCAUCUUGGCAUAGCGAGGCCUUGUCUAUGCACCCGAUGACAUGGCAACCGUCCAAAGAUGGUGAGCGCCUGAUUGGGCGGAUUAUACUAAACAAGAGGAUGAAGGAUGGAACGGUGCCCCGAGACACAGGAGCUCUGCUGGGACUCAAGGUGGUUGGAGGAAAGAUGAUGGAUUCUGGUCGACUUUGUGCUUUCAUCACUAAAGUGAAGAGAGGAAGUCUAGCAGAUACUGUUGGUCACCUUCGACCAGGAGAUCAGGUUCUUGAAUGGAAUGGGAGGGUCCUACAAGGAGCAACAUUCAAGGAAGUUUAUAAUGUCAUUCUAGAAUCGAAGCCAGACCCCCAAGUGGAGCUGGUUGUGUCCCGUCCCAUACGAGAUUCUUCCAGUAUCUCAGAGAGCACACAUGGACAACUUGAAUCAAGUUCGAGUUUAUUUGAAUCCCAGAAGAUGGGUCGAGCAAUAUCCGUCACGUCCCCCAUGAGUCCUGGGAUGCUCCGCUACUCCCCACAGUGCCUGUCUGGACACGUCUCAGUCAAACUGUGGUACGACAAGGUGGGUCACCAGCUCAUAGUCACCAUCCUGGGAGCUAAAGAAUUUCCUUCUAGGGAAGACGGCCGGCCCAGGAACCCCUAUGUUAAAAUAUACCUCCUCCCCGACAGAAGUGACAAAAGCAAAAGGAGAACGAAAACGGUGAAGAAGUCCCUGGAGCCUAAAUGGAACCAGACGUUCAUGUACAUGCCUGUCCACUGGAGGGAGUUUAGAGAGCGCAUGCUGGAGAUCACUCUGUGGGACCAGGCCAGGGUCAGAGAGGAGGAGAGUGAAUUCAUGGGAGGGAUCCUCAUAAACCUGGAGACAGCCUUGAUGGAUGACACAGCCCACUGGUACAAGUUACAAACCCACGAUGUAUCCUUCUUGGCAAUGCCCAACCCCUCACCCUACACGCAGAGGAAACUGCUGUCGGGAGAGAGCCCCACUAGAAGGUUACAGAUGUCCCAGAGAAUUAUUGACAGUGAGUUCUCUGAUUUUGACUGCGAGGACGGGAUCGGUGUCAUAGCAGACUACAGACACAACGGCAGGGACUUCCAGAGCUCCACGCUGUCUGUUCCAGAACAGGUCAUGUCCUCCAACUACACCUCCCACUCUGACAUGGCCAGGACCUGGUCAAGGUCGCCAAGUCUUCCCCCUCCACAGAGUCGGAGUUUGGACCACGGCAUGCGAGGGGGACCGCUUUCUUUUAGCUCAGGUCGGAUGGACCGGCAUCGCUUGUCUGAAGACUGCUACUCACCAGACAGGAUGAACACUUACUUGGUCCAAACAAGCACAACCGGUUCCCCAGUGUCUCAUCAAAGAGGACGGCAGCUACCCAACGUCCCAUCCAAGGGCUCACUGGAUCGAAGAGGACCAAUGGCGUAUCAAACACCUCACCCCAUCCACUACCGAGUCCCCUCCCCUCUCCAACACCAGCCAUCAAUUCCUGUCCAGCAACAUCCUCCACAACCUCUCAUACGCCAACUAUCUGCCCCUGUACAGUACCAAAACCAGCCCCCUGUAUAUUACCAAGGCCCACCCUGUGCUCAGUAUCAAGCUCCCCCCCCUGUCCAGUCCCCAGCCCCUUCCCCAGCCCCUGUUGUAACCUCUCCUCCAGCCCCUGCCCCAACACCUGCCCCAGUUGUAACCUCUCCUCCAGCCCCUGCCCCAGCAGUACCUUCUCCUCCAGCCCCUGCCCCAACACCUGCCUCAGUUGUAACCUCUCCUCCAGCCCCUGCCCCAAUUGUAACCUCUACUUCAGCCCCUGCCCCAGUUGUAACCUCUCCUCCAGCUCCUUCCCCAGAGCCAGCCCCUGCCCCAGCCCCAGCCCCUGCCCCUGUUGUCACCUCUUCUCCAGCCCCAGAGCCAACCCCAGCCACAACUCCAGCCUCAAACCCUGUGCCGCCACCACAGACUCCUGAGCCAGGUGUGUCUCACUCAUUUAAUCUGUUGUCUGUAGCUAUGCUGUACCUCACAGAACCUCCCUACAACUAUUCUUAACUUAACUGAUAAAAAUGUCUGUUUCCUCGAUGUGUUCUGAUGUAUUAUUUAGACUGUCUGUUGUCCUGUCUCAUCCUCCUCGGUAAUGUGACUGUCUGUGUUGUCCUGUCUCAUCCUCCUCGGUAAUGUGACUGUCUGUGUUGUCUUCUAUCAUCCUCCUCGGUAAUGUGACCGUCUGUGUUGUCUUCUCUCAUCCUCCUCGGUAAUGUGACUAUCUGUGUUGUCUUCUCUCAUCCUCCUCGGUAAUGUGACUGUCUGUGUUGUCUUCUAUCAUCCUCCUCGGUAAUGUGACGGUGUCUUUCCCACAACCUGGAAGACACUGAGAGAAGCCAGUCUACAGUCAGUAAUGGGAGGAACACACCUGGGGGUACGAG